AUACAGUAGGACAGUAGACGCCCUGAACUGGCACUGCCUCGUUGCAGGGUGAUGACCUUCCAGGAUGGAUGUGUGUUUGGCCGACGACAGCGGCCUCAUUGGUACCACCUGCAGUGGCUUAGAUGACAUCCCUGUCUAGCCUGAUGAUGCUGCUGGUGCGAGGACAUGACUGGGACACGGCGUUGUUUUCUUCACAAUAUAUAGUAAUACUGAGAGCCGGCAGGUGGAUGCCUGGGCGUAAUAUGAUGAAUUGGAUGAAGCCAGCAGCAUGCGUGAAUUGCUGUAGUGCGACGAGGCCGGUCACGUGGCAGGCUCGGGAUGGAUUUACUCCUGGCGGCUGUCAGUCACCCACAGCGUUCCUUGGUUGGCUGCACCACUCCAUAGCCUCGUCUGGCAUGCUGGAUGACUGCAGCUGUCAGGCAGCCGUGCGCUCCAACAGCUCCGACUUGCCUGACAGCAUUGCUGCACAGCACGCAGCAUCGUUGGGCAUCAUGGUUGGACGCACGCAUUUAAGCGCUGACCGGUCGGCGGCUACGACAAAGUCCAGCCUUGCGAGUUCAGUCGGUCGGCCUAUAAAUCCACGCCGCCGCCGUCACCGGUCAGCUUGUUUCCCCGAUCUGCUCGGCAUUCAUGAGGAUUUUGGCCCCAUAUUGCCGUGAAUGGAGAAGGUUUCCACUAGCACGAGUGAUAUGUCCGACGGCAUUACGAUAUACCAGGAAGAAGGAACCGGUCAGUGGCUCGAGCAGAGGGCGUCCCUGUUAGACUUGAAUAUCGAGGUAUGUAUGCUUCCUAGAAUUUCACGGCAGACAUUGACGAGACCAGCGCCUAGAAAAGUCGCUCAUUAUGUAGGUGCCUUCACCACUGCAAGAGCAUUGUUAACAUGAAAAGAUUCGCCAAACCCGAGAGUCUUAGACUCCAGUACAGCCACUUCUUUCCUGAGGCGUUCGCGCCCGUCAUUUGCACGGACAUUAAUGGUUCAUUCUUCUGCGAUGAUGUCCUCGACGACAAUGAUAACCUCAUCAAACAUGGUGAGUUUUCAACGUUGUUACCAUACCAUCUAGGAAGCUAAUU